AUGAGGAUAGGGUGUCUGCAAUUCGCCCCGAAGCUCGGGGACGUUAACAAUAAUCUCAACCGCGCCGACGCAGUCUUGAGUAAAGCGAAUCCCGAGAACCUCGAUCUGCUUUGUCUACCCGAAUUAGCUUUUUCAGUCGCUUCAACAAAUCAGCCCUUUUCUCGAGCCUCAAGGCUCUGGCGUGACUGCGCUCUGGGCGAGAACGGUCGCACUCAAAUACAAUUGUGUUACGACAGUCGGAUAUCCAGAGAGUUUGAUGUAAAAGCGAAAUGGCCCACCGGACCCGAGUAUUACAACUCGGCCAUCGUCGUCAAUGGCGAGGGAGAAACAAUCGGCAAUUAUAGAAAGAGUUUCUUAUAUUAUACGGACGAGACAUGGGCUCUGGGAAGGCGGCGAAGGGUUCUGGCAAGGAUCUAUUCAGGGUCUUGGGAAACAGAAACACCUCUCUAG